CUCAAUCACGAAUGCACAGGGAUUGCAGCAACAGCAGCGCCGCGAGAUGGAGAUCUCCGCUGUGUGUGUGAGUGCCCAUUCCCGCUGUCACUGCACCGGCUGCCUCUCCCUCUGUCCUCCCGCAGCCUGUGAGAGCUGCUCCAGAGGCUGGACGGUUCCCCGGCACGCACUGACUUCAUGGAUGAACACUGGCUCAACCUGGGAUCUGUGCUUUCUCGUCCUUUCCACCUCUAGUCUGUUUCUCAAGGAAAUAUGGUGAGCAAAGAGGACGUCAAAUGCGUUGUUCUCUCAAACUCAGAUGACUCCGAUUCAGACACAGGCCCGUCGCACAGCCUCGAUACCCAGUCUGGACCAGAAUCCGGCAAGCGCGAGGUGAAGAAGAGAAACAAGGCCUUACAAGUGCGUUUCAAAGAUAUCUGCGAUGCUCAGAAUGAGUACCAGGGAAGACACUCCAGAUCCAUUUCCUGUAAAGUGACGCACCGAAAAUACAUGACCAUGCCGGCCAGGCGCUCUAUUCCAAAUGUGACCAAGAGCACUGGGGUCCAGACCUCACCGGAUCUUACGAAGAGGUACAAGACUUUUCCGUUUGAGAGGAAAAAGGGACAUACGUUUAAGCAUACAGCUUUGGUGGAAGACUACAAAGGACAAAACAACGGGUUUUUGAGCGACAUAAAGACGGAGGGCGAGGACGGACAACUUAUCGGGGAGUCGUCUGCGUGCAAGGGUAAGAUUGUGGGGCAGACCAAAGCAUUGCUUCACCACACCGAUGACAGCAGCGAUACCGAGGAUUUGCUCUCCAGCGCCAACUGUUUAGAUGGACCCUCGUGCCCGGAGUCACACUUCUCGGAGGAGAGCCAUCUUAGCAGCCCUCCUUCCAAAAGUGAACAAGAGUACCAGGGGUGCGGGACAAGGAGCAAACACAAAGUGUUAUCCAGAGAGAACACGGACGUUGGCACGUCCUCAAAGAGACAGCUGGCUGACACGGAGUUUUUAGCGGACAAGUCCAAGGGCUCGGGCCCUGUUGCGUGGAACACUUUGACAAAAGUGGAGUCUUUAGGAAGUCCCUCUGUUAGCUGUAAACGGAAAAAGGGCUCCCAGUCAAACGAGCUGCAGUCACAGACACUUCCCCACAGUGCCAAAUGUGCUGUGCAGUCGCGAGGGCAGCAUCGGACAAGGCACGCGUCAGCCUCCUCUAAACUCCAGCAAACAGCUUGGGGCGAUGAGGGCUUUCUUCCAGGAGACACGCGAGCCCCAGGUAUGGGGAGCAGUCCGCAGAUAACGUCCUUAUCUGGAGACAAGGAUAUCAAAGCACAGCUGCAGGCCAUGGAGAACCUCAUCAGCUCCAGCCAGGAAACUAUCAAGGUCCUGCUUGGAGUUAUACAGGAGCUGGAGAAGGGUGAAGCACAGAGAGAGGGGCUCACCUACCGAACGGGACAAGACACAGCAAAUUGUGACACUUGUCGAAACAGCGCGUGCAUCAUUUACAGUGUUGAGCUGGACUUCAAGCAGCAGGAGGACAAGCUGCAGGCUCUGAUGAAGAGACUCUGCCCCCUGGACAGCCAACAAUGUCCUGCUGCUCUGCCUUACUCUAACGAAGUGUUCACGUCCACUCCCAAACGCAAGUCCAAGUCAGAGUCCAAAAAGCAUGCACGCUGGAAACUCUGGUUCCUAUGAACAUGAG